CGUUGAGCCGACGUAAAAUCGAUAGAUACGUACAAACGCUCGUAAAUCGAUUAAAGAUCCGCUUCCGCUGGAAAAUCUGAUUCAAGGAGAAUCGGUUGAGUCGGAAGAAUAACGGAUGCCGGAAUCUCUUUGUCAAACAAUUUUGACGCGGGAGCGUUAAACGGAGGAUUUUUCUUCUUUUUUAACGUGAAUAUAACAUUUAACGGUGCUGAUCGCAAAGGUUGAACGUUAAUAAAGCUCAAAGGACCUUAACAGCAUGCGCGCCUGGUUUACGCGGAAUCUUUUUUACUCUUCGUCAUCGUCGUCGUCGUCGUCGUCGAUUUUAAUAUCUGCAUAGCCUUUGACAUUCAGUCGCUCAUAGAAUUUACGAUUCUUCAGAGGGAGAAGUAUCUUGCCCCGACGCAUUUUUUUUUUUUUUUUCCGUUUGUCUUUGCACGUUAAUUGCAGCGAGAGCGACGGUUGAUCUCGAAUGCGGCCCGGCGAGGUAAUAGUCGUUCCUACGAAGCGAUCGAGCGGGAAAAACGGCGUGUCUGGUGGAGAAUACCAGCCGCGAAGCGUGUUGUGCUUAACGGCACUAUUAGAAUAGUAGACUAGUUAGAGCUUUAAUUAGCUGCUAAUUGGGUUCCGGGAUUCGUCGGAAAAUCGGGGAUUCUGGAAGGGAACUUUGAGCAGCCAUGGGGAAGCAAAACAGCAAGUUAAAGCCGGAGGUAUUGGAGGACCUCAAACAGAAUACUGAAUUCUCAGAUGCGGAGAUCCAGGAGUGGUACAAAGGGUUCUUAAAGGAUUGUCCCAGCGGGCAUCUCAGCGUAGAGGAGUUCAAGAAGAUAUAUGGGAAUUUCUUUCCUUACGGCGACGCGUCGAAGUUCGCGGAGCACGUAUUCAGGACGUUCGACGCGAACGGCGACGGCACGAUCGAUUUUCGGGAAUUUCUCUGCGCUCUCAGCGUAACGUCUCGCGGCAAGUUGGAGCAGAAGUUAAAGUGGGCCUUCAGCAUGUACGACCUGGAUGGCAACGGUUACAUCUCGCGACAAGAAAUGCUGGAAAUCGUGACGGCGAUCUACAAGAUGGUGGGCUCCGUAAUGAAAAUGCCGGAAGACGAGUCGACGCCGGAAAAACGAACUGAUAAGAUAUUCCGACAAAUGGAUAAGAACAAGGACGGCAAGCUAUCGCUCGACGAAUUUAUAGAGGGGGCGAAAAGCGACCCGUCUAUUGUGCGACUGUUGCAGUGCGAUCCUAGUGCACAAGCUCAGUGAGGCCCUGGGCCAAUACAGACAAAUAUAGAUAUGCCAUCUGCAUACCUGAAUCGGUGUCCGACCCAAUUAGUAUCCCAUGCAGAAGCGACGCGAUCGUAGAAAAUUGUUCACUUAGUCUGAUAGAUUCGUCGAGGAAGCUGCCGAAAUAUUAUCUUCGCACGUCCGGGUUUUUUGAAUUUUAAUGUAACGAUUGUAAUAUUCAUUAGAAACUUUUAACUUUAAUAGAACAUAGGUGACUUAUUCUUCAACGAUGAUCUUGAAAUAAGUUAGAGAAAUAAUUUUGCCUCACUAGUAUUCUUCAUUUGAGGAUUAGAAACAUUGAUGUAUGUACGAAAUAUGACUGUUAGAUGAGCGGACAGUCAUUUAUGUUAUUAUUAUAAUUGGCAAUGGAUUAUAUUGAGCACGAAAAACAAUGAAGAACAUCGUUAUGUGUUAGAGAGAGAAAAAUUGAAAUUUAUUUUAUGAUUAUUAAUAGUCGAAUGCGAUUAGCAGUAUCUUUUAAUUUUAAUCCUCUGUUGAUAGUUAUAAAAUACGUUUCUCGGUACUCGAAGAUAUCGUCUUGGCGGUUUCUCGCGGAUAUUCUACGAUCGCGUGGGCUUACGAGCAAACACUGAUGUGUAAGGGCUUCUAUAAAUUGAGCCGGUAACCGAGAGGUCCAGGGUCACUGGGCCCAUGGCGCUUGCGCAUACCGCAAGCUAGUCGACAAGACUAGUCCAGUCGCUCCGUUUCAUUGACGGAUCGGUUUAGCGAGAAGCUUGUUACGCCUUUUCGGGUCAUUUUAAGAAAAAGCGCCGCGUCCGAGCGACGAACGCCAUUCGCGAAAGAGAGGACUAUUGCGUCGAUGCCGCCGACGCGUCUCGGCAAGCUGUGUAGCUCGGUCGACCUGACCGUUCGAGAUGUCGCAAGACGAUUACAGCGAAAUUCUAAAAUACUCUCUGUGUUCGUAGUACUCGUGAUUUUCGGUGGUACGCGCGUGCCAGACGAACUGGAGCUUCGACGUGUGAUGACGUUCCAUCGCCCUUCCUUUCUCUUUCUCUUUUCCCCUUUCUUUCCCUUUCUUUCAGACAGCGACAGCGUGCGGACCGAACGUCACGCGUCACAGCGCAAUCCUUAUACAUACUAGAUCGUAUCGCGGCAUCGACGCACUCCUCGGACUGCCGAUUUCAACGGAGGCACGUAACGGUCUCGCUCUUCGGCCGUGCGCCGUGGCCGUCGUCGUCCACGCGCAUCGCCUUGUCCCACUUGGUAUUUGAUACCCGGCUCGGACGGGGAGAUGUCACGUCCCCCUUGGGGGGAAAGCGCCGCGGUAUCGCAUCUCCCGCCCUCACGGACCCCGAGUGUCUCGCCUCUCGGCCCACCCAUCAAACGGACUGACCCAUUUAACGGAAAAGACUCACAGGAGACUAACGGUCGCGUGGCGUCCCACGCCGCGCGCUAGCAACGAAAAACUUAGUGAUUUAGAGAUCCGCGAGAUUUAGGCAAAGGUCACUGCGAAAUCGCGAUCGCGCGCUGGCGAAAACGCGACUUUGUGCUAGUUGAACGCGCUUAGAGACCGAUCUAGAGCUUGAUCUAGUAGAAAGGAAAAAAACAGACGCGACGACCAUCGCACCGUACGCGGUGAUCACGCGUUGCUCUCUCGUCGAAGGUGCUGCAAAGAAAAUACUCGACUCGAUUCGCUUCGAUUCGUAUGUGUGUAUCGCGGACAUAGGAAAGGGUGCGACUAGUCUUUCGUCCUCGUUGCGACGCUUCGAUUCGCUAUUUCGGUGACAGAGAGCUGUUAUUCCAUCGAAUCGCGGAAAGUUUGUCCUCAACAUUGCUGUUACUCAUCUCGCCGUCAUUCUACCAUUUCUAGUGACCUUUGUCGUGACGGAGGUAUAAUAGGACGAACGUAAUCGUACACGGAUAGCAUAAAAGAUCCGCCUCUUUUCAAUCUCGCUAAGGGAAGUAAAAAAGCACAUCCUUGCCGAUCAGAGCGACUGGCCCUCAGCGUUAGCGAAGGCUUCGCGCUUCGUCGAGCGACCGAAGAAGAAGAGUGAAGAAGAGGAGUACUUGACGCGCGCACGCGUGCCGUAUUUAGAGAUUUAUUUUUGUGAAUGCGUGCGUCCCGCGUACCUGUGAGAGCGUGCGAGAGUGUGCGUAUAUAUAUUAUAUACAUAUGUCUGUUCUGUGCGUACGCGCGUGCCCGGUAGAGAAGCGAAACGCGAUGGAGAAGAAAAAGAAGAAGAGAAAGAGACAGUUCGUGGCGCGAGCCUUAUCGCCCUGUCGUCCGAUCAUGUAUCAAUCGACCGAUUGAUCGCGAUAAUUAUACAUACAUAGAUAUAUUAUAUAUACGAUUAUGUAUUAUUGAUUAUAAAAUAGAAAUGCGGCGAAAGGGAUCGCGAACGCGACCGCCCGCGGUCGCGAUUUCCGCCCACGCGAAUAUACGCGCAGCAGCAAAGUUCUGACGUUUUACCGCACGAUCGGAGCGGUCGGGGGAGAUAAAUCAAUUGCCGAGUAAACACGAGCGUAAACGAUCUACGUUUCUAUAUAUAUUUUUUUUUUCCGGUGUACGAUAAGAGAGACUUCCGGUGACUUCUCGCGCAAUCGCUUGUCGAGAGGCUGGAUCUCCGCUGGAUUUAUACACCUUCAGAUUUCUCUCUCCCUUUCCGUGAGGCUUUCUCUCGUCACAUCUCAUCCCCUUCUUCCUUUCCUUUUCAUCUAUCUCUCAUCGAGCGGCGCGAUCACUUUUCGACCCGUGCUUCGAUCGGUAGCCUCGGGGUAAAAAAAAAAAGAAAAUACUUUCCAUUGCGCUGCGCGCUCCCAACGAGGCAUCUGAUUCGACAAUGCAAUGUUCAGAGUGCGGCGGCGUAAUGAAAGAAUUCUGUUACGGUCAUUACGCAAUGCAACAUUGCGUUUUACAAAUUGCAGAUAUAUAAAUAUUAUAUAUAUAUAUACAUAGAUAUAUAUAUAUAUAUAUAUAUAUAUAUAUAUAAUACAAGUCUCUAUUAAUAUAUCUUUAUCGUACUUUCUAAGAUGUACAUCUAUUCACCUCGUGCUCAUUAAUAUUUAAGGAUAAAGACUAUUUAAAGAUAUCUCUCUAAUCUCUCGAUAUAGUCAUUGUAUAAACAAAUAAAUAACCUCAUUAAUGUUAAUGCAUAUGAAUAUAUUAUACACGUUAAGAUUCUAAAGUUACUCUUGAACUUUUCCGAUUACACUAAGCGGAACAGAUUUUAUUCUGCAACAAGGUAUCAGAGACGACAGUGAAGUUUCGAAUUUACAGGCAGUAAAGAGGUAGUUGCGUUCAUUGAAAACAAAAUCCAAGUUACAGUACAUAGCAUAGGACUGCCACUGCGUCCCGUUAAAACUUGACGGCAGUCACAUACAGAUAUACACUUAAAUUGUACCUUAAAAACGAAUCAAGAAAGCAAUAAACUCGAGUAAAUAUCGCGACUAAAUCUUGCACGGCUUGAAAGAGAAGGUCGUAGAAAUGUUACGAUUUUUCGAAUUUGGCUGAAAUCCAUUUCAUUAGCGACGAACAUAAAAAUGAAUAAUAUCGUAGUUUCACUGAUUUAUCAGAACACGAGCGAUAUUAAUAACGCACGUAAUCAUCCAAAUGAAGUAAAAUUCUAACAGUUUUCUACUUUGAAAAUUAUUCGUUCAAAUAAUAACAGUUUGUUAUUUUUUGCUAGCUUAAAAUUUCGUCCUUGUAACAAUUUGUGCGCGUCUCUUUUACCGAAAUUUCACCCGAUAUCGACAUUUUCUUUUUCAGAUAGAAAAUUGUUGUCAAAGAAACAUAAAUUGCACAUUUUUUUAUUAUAUUGAUUUAGUUUAGUCAAUUACUUGAUGAAAAUGUAAAUGUGAAAAAGCCGUGAUUACUCUUUUUAAGCGUAACUAAUGUUGUAUACUUUUGCGUCCUUACAAUACUCUUACACGAUGUAACGUCGACGAGAAUAUAUUACGUAUUUUCAUGAAUUUUACAGCAUUAUUGCUAAUAAACAAAUCAAAAGCGUGUAAAAUACAUUCUCCCAUUUUAGAGUUUAAAUAUAUUGUAAAUCAGCGUUAAUACGUCUAGCUUUGUAUAACACGAUUUCACUACUCGUAAAAUGAUAAAUCGCGCGAAUUAUAUUCGCAAAAUUCAUUCACAGUCAUUUCGAUACUGUAACGUAAACUAUUCUGAUCGACGUUGCCUUGUCUAAGGAAAUAUAGAAUAAGUAUUUAAUAUUUAUCGAUGAACCGUGGGUGUAGUAAGCGCAAGAUACACAAAAGGCAGCUAAUCUGCCUUCUGUUAUCGUAAAAUCGAUUCGCAAAUAAUUUAAUAAAAUUUGCCACUUUAAUUUAAAACGAUGAAGGUUUUAUGACGCGAACGCUCGCGAACGCGACGUAAAAGCGAAACGAGAUAAGAUCCGCUCGUUCUUUGUUGCGUGGGCGGCGAUUAUCGCAAGUAUCAAAAGCUCUGUCAAAAGACAUUUGCUCAUUACGCCUUUAUGUUCACAAAUUCCAUAUACUCCCACCUACAUUUAAACAACGCGAAAACCCAAAAGACAUCUAAAGACAUCUGAAGGCGCUUAAAAGAUUCUUAAAGAAGAGAAUAUAUCUAAAUGAUAUUUAUUUAUUAAAGUUAAUAGAUCGAUUUGUCAAUUAAUUAUCUAGAAUCCUCUUACCUCGAUCGACGUGAUCAGUUGAAAAAUAUAGACAAACGAUGCCGUCUAGGAAGGCGUCUAUAUAGACGUUUCGCUGAGACCGUUUAAAUGGUGCCUGAAAGACGAGGACGUCCCUUAAUUUUAACUCGCGUUCUCCGGCUGGUUCUUGCAUACACAAGCGAACGUUUCAAUUAUGUAUCCUUUCGAGCGUUCGGCAUCUCCGCUUAUCGCGUCGAUAAACGUUCAAUCCUGACCAUCCGUUUCUCGCGGAUUAAUUAUGCAAGAGGGAACCGAUUGUCGACGUUUGAAACGAGACGAAGCCCGGUUUCGUAUUCGAUUAACUGCAACGUACUGUUUAACAAUUCUGUUUAAUUAAAACUCUGGGAAACACGCGUUAUACGCAAACGUUUUUCAUUUCGAUGUGACGCUAAAAUACAGAAUUUUUAUAGCUAGACCUCCUCUAGUGCGUUAAGCCCAUUGCACAUAAUGAAAAACAGGAACAGAAAAUAACAAUAGGCAAUAGAUUUCGUAACUUCUGAUUAGUUUGCAGAUAUUUUGCGCGGCUUUUAAUUGGUUGAAAUCUACCUGUUGCUGUUCCCUGCUCCUGUUUUUCAUUAGUGCAAUAGAUUUUAAAUUGAGAUCGCUUCAGCGCUUUUUCUUCUCAUUUCAAGGAGGUUCCUUCUCGCGUAACUAUCCAGCUUGUUCGUCGUGAAUCAAUGAGAGGAAACGGCAUCGUAAGUCGCGAUAAUCACAAUGUAAACGAGCGAAUCUCAGUAUAGUGUCCGUUGUCUCAGUUUCAGUUCGGUAUGAUAAUAAUUAAGCUCGUUGUCGGGAGCUUUCCACGCUUCACGAUUCAGCGACGCGAAGAGCUCAGCCGCGCGAAGAUAAUUGGCCGCGAGGAACUUGUACUGUAUCGUUUGGAAUUUUAUUAUGUCGUUGUUCGUUCGGUGUUGCUGACGCGAGUACCUUGUAGGAAGAGAAAAAAAGUCGGUUGUGAUAACGUUUACGGCGUAGCACUAUCUUUGAUCGAACGCGUGCCUCGAGAUCGCCCUUGGAAAAAUUACGCUUCUCCCGAGUAAAGUCCCCUGCCUCUCUCGGAGAAACUUUUCUCGUUUCCGUCUGAUCGCACCGUCGCAUCCUGAUGUUUUCUUAUCCGAUACGAUGUACAGAGAAAGAAACGCGCGCCGAAGCGCGAAAAACCAAUUUGCCGGGCUUUCUUCUUCCGGGAAAGAGGUUCUUCCGAUCUCUUCUCAUCACAGCGAUCUCUUCUUUUCCCCAGAACUAUUCAUCAGAAAGUUAGUGCGAUAGCUCGUCGUUUCACGGAAAGUUGCACGCGUGGAGGGGAAAAAAAGACGCACAAAAAAACGGAUUUUAAGAAAAUAUAUAUAAAAGCGCGAGAGAGAUUCGGUUACGUUCGUUGAAGCGAUAUCGAUGACAUGUGCUGCUCGUGUGUUUGUCGUGAUAUUUCUUCCUAAGCUAAGAUAUAUACGAAGUUAAGAGUUACAAUGCGGACCGUUAAAAUAGUUUCUCAUGUUAUUAUCAACGUAUAACAGUUUCGAAAACGAUAAAAACCGUUAACCAAACGAAAGAAACGUAACUUCUCUCAAAAUUUAACUCUACCACGUUCUUAUAUCCCCCCUCGAGAUCUAUUCCCUGCUCUAUCUAUAUUCUAUGAUUUCGCUCUCUUGCCUAAAGGGAUCGUAGCAUUCUUAGCUAAAUUAGAGUUUCGACCCUAGAAUAUCAACGAUAUUGCGAGUUAAUCGCUUGUGCAUCAAGGAUUCUCUAGCGCUACUUCUAAUAUCGCCGAUCUUCAAAAAAGACCUAUGCCUUACAAAACUUUUCUCUGCACCUUCUUGCCAACAUAUUCUAAUAUCUACUUCGAUAACGUUCAUUGGAGACGCGUAGCUCGCGAAGCUGUUGGCUGAAGCGAUUCUCUUUCUCUCUGAAGCUUAGAAUAGAUCCAAGUCGCACCAAAAUAUGCACCCUCACAUUUGACCAAUUGUUAAAACUAAUUUUAACGUGCGAUGACCUUUAUUCAUUCUGCAAUAUUAUAUGUUGAACUUAAUCGAACUAUGAUAUAGCUUCAGCGCUCAAAUUUCUCAGUAUCUUCCCUUACGAGAAAGCUGAAUUCCUGAAGAUUACAUUUUAUUUCGUCGAAUCACAAAUCGUGUCUUUUCUCUUUGCUUUUUUCGACUUCUGCAAUUAUCUCCUAAGUGCUUAAAUUCAAUCAAAUUCUAUAUAAGCGCUACAAUAUUCUUAGAAUAUUAUACGAAUAUUAUUAAAAAUUAAAAUAAUAUUAAAAUAAUAUUUCGAGAAUAUUAUUCUAAGAAUAAAAUAUUUUCUAAUGUUAUAAGAAAUAUAUUAUAAGAAUACUGUAUUAAUGUUAUAUGUCCGCUUUAUAUAAUAUUCAUGGUGUAUUAUUUCAAUAUCCGUGGGAUAUUAUGAAAAUGCUCUAUGAAUGUCAUUUUCCUUCAAAAAGUAAUGUGAGUUAUUAUGCAUAAACUUUAUAUUUAUUACAUUUAAAAGUUAUAAAUAUAUUGAAGUAAAUAAUAUUAUUUACUUCUCGUAUAUUAUAUUCAUAUAAUAUUCAUAUAUUAUCAAGAGUGGACAUAACCACUUUUUAUUAAUAUUAAAUAAUAUUUCAGGAAUACCAUUUAAUAUUAAAUAAAUAUUGUAGCGCUUAUAGAAAAGUUGUUCAUCGAUGCAAGCAUUCGCCACUGUCUCGCAUUCCAUCGAACAAUAAGCCUUCGCGAGCUACGCGGCUCGAAGGCCCAACGUGAAACAUGAAAGUUAAUAUAUUAUGGGGAGAUCGUAAUUAGAAUGUUACACGAAAAGUUUCGAAUCAGUGCCCGAUGUUUUUUCUCGUAGAUGUGUAACACACGUGGAGCGUUAUAGGUAUAUUCUGCGAUAGAGAUUACUCUCUUCCUCAUGCGUAAAUCCACCUCUCGUUCGACACGUAUGUUUUCUCACAAUCUUUCUCGAUGUCUUACAAUACCACCUAUCGUUUUAAUAAGCCACGGAAAUAAUUGUUGUGACCCUCCCUCUCCCUCCGAGGAUCUUUCCAUUCCCUUUUAAGAUUUUUCGAGCCGAAUCGUCCACCGGCGUCUAAGCGUAUUCGAACACUCUCUUUCGAAUUCCCAUUCCCUCUAUACUUCUACGGCAAUGUGAAAUUUUAUUAUUGUUACUUUGAUAUGUGGUAUCUAUCGGUGCUAAGUGUACGAAGUACGUGUUCUAUCUCGUAUUGCGUUCUUUAUCCCGCACGGCGGAUGUAUUAAUUAUAAUUUGUUAAACUUUCGCACACGCGGCCGCGUCCGAAAAUCGCGUCUGCCAACGUCCCUCCGCGCGGACGUUGAAUGCUCGGCAGAUGCUCCCUGCCGAUCUCGCGUGUCAAGGUUUGAAGCGAUGUCAUAUAAUGAUAUGCGCGAACGACAAAAUUCCGAAAACAGUAGAAAAUCUCGAGGAUCAUCUCUCGUAAUGCGAUCACCGACGCGGCCGGUGCGAAAGUUGCGCGGCGGCGGAAUUUUUUUAUUGUAGCAAUUGUGUCAAUCCGCAGGUGAUUAUACUUUAAUAUUAAUUUACUCUCAG